AUGGACCCGGUGGUGGCAGGCUCGUCGUCGGACGUGUAUGCCCCGUCGGUGGGCACGUCAGGCACGCGGCCCACCUUGUAUAUCCGCCGAGCGGAUGUGAGUGCAUCGCUGGAGUCCUACAAGCGCCUGCUUGACGCUACCAAGGCGUACACGGCGGCCAUGUCGCACAUGUCGGAGGCGUCGGCGGACCUAGCCGCUGCGUUGCAGGACUGCUCGACGCUCAAGGGCGCGCACGCGUCCGGCGCGUCUUUGCAGGCGGCCGGUGGUCUGCACUACCUCAAGUCGAACUAUGAGCAGAUUCUAUGCGACACGAUUUGGAAAGAGUGUUCGAUUCCCCUCCUGAGCCACUUGGACGCGUACCGCCAGUCGGUCCAGGAGCGGCAGCAGUCGCACGAGGUGUCGAUGGAGGAGCACAAGCGUGUGCUGAAGAGUAUCGAGGCGCAGUACCACAAGAGCGGCUCUCGGCACGCCCGCGAUCUGCAGAGCUUUCGCACGAUGCUCACCGAGUUGCAGGACAAGGUGAAUGAGAUGGAAGAUACCAAGGCGCAGCACUAUAUGGACGUGCUGCAGAACGAGGAGCAUACCUGGGACCUCGUCGCCCAAAAUGUCCUGCUUCUCGUCCGCGCCCAGGUCGAUAUGGCCGAUCGACUCUCGUCCAAAGCCGUCCAAGACCCAGUGCUCGAGUCGCUCAUGGCCCACAUGCCCGACCCAUUCCAGUCGUACGGUCCCCCAAAGCGCGAGAACGAGCUCUUUUCCAUCCUACAACCCACGGACGCGUCACCGACGGCGCCGUCGCCCGGCCUCCCGCGCUCGGACACGAGCCUCUUUCCCGAGCCCGACGCGGCGCCCGAGGAGCGAUCGCUGGCGUCACGACCCUCGAUCCAUCACCUGUUCGGCUACGCAGCGCCUACCUAG